AUGGGGAAUUUAGGGUGUGGGAAUGGAAAUGAUGGGAAGCCGGGACCAAAGCUUGGUGCACUGGGAAAUGGGAACUUAAACCCGGGGCCGGGGUGUGGGAAUGGAAACGAAGGGAGAGGACCAGAGCUUGGUGCACCAGGAAAUGGGAACUUAAACCCGGGGCCGGGGUGUGGGAAUGGAAACGAAGGGAGAGGACCAGAGCUUGGUGCACCAGGAAAUGGGAACUUAAACCCGGGGCCAGGGUGUGGGAAUGGAAAUGAAGGGAGGCCAGGACCGGAGCUUGGUGCACCAGGAAAUGGGAACUUAAACCCGGGGCCAGGGUGUGGGAAUGGAAAUGAAGGGAAUCCAGGACCAGCGCUUGGUGCACCAGGGGAUGGGAACUUAAACCCGGGGCCAGGGUGUGGGAGUGCAGGGAACCCAGGACUAGAACUUGGUGCACCAGGAAUUGGGAACUUAAACCCAGGGAAACCAAACCGAGGCCAGCCGAACCCCCAUUCAGGAUUUGCAGCUUGA